GGGAUCAGCGCGCGCGGAGGAGGAGCUGUCAAAGUUUGAAGCCAAAAGUCGAGCGACGUUUUUAAAGAAGACGAAAAACAGGAUCUCUGAACAUUCCGAAGCCAUCUGAAAGAGACCCCGAAUAACUAUGGAGUGAAGAUCGAAAGGUUUACAACACAAGACAUGGCUCGGUCAACUGAGAUUGGAUUCUGCUUUACCUUACUGCUUGCGUGGAGCCUGUGUGCAACGCCGGAUAAGAAAGUUUGUCAGGGAGCCAAUAACAAACUGGCUCUGCUGGGUACGGUGGAUGAUCACUACCAGAUUUUAGUGAAGAUGUACAGCAACUGCACAGUGGUACUGGAAAACCUGGAGAUCACGUACCUCACAGAGAAACAUGACUUGUCUUUCCUUAAGAGCAUUCAAGAAGUUGGUGGCUAUGUUCUAAUAGCUAUCAACACAGCUCCCAGCAUCCCUCUUGAGAACCUUCGCAUUAUCCGUGGCCACACCCUUUAUGAGGACAAAUACGCGCUAGCUGUCCUAUUAAAUUUCAACCAGAGCACUGGACAAGGCGUGAACCAAUUGCCUCUGACUAGCUUAACCGAAAUACUGAAGGGUGGAGUAAAAUUUGCCAGUAACAGUCAUUUAUGUAACGUGGAGACCAUCAAGUGGACUGACAUUCUCAACAUGAAGAGUCUUCCUGAAUCUCAACUGCCAGUACCCAGUAAUGAUAGACGCUGUAUGAAGUGUGAGCCGAGCUGUAAUGGUUCCUGUUGGGCUCCAGGCCCCCGAUACUGUCAAACAUUGACUAAAGUGAACUGUGCAGAGCAGUGCUCUGGGAGAUGUAAUGGACCUAAACCUAGUGACUGCUGUAAUGAGCAUUGUGCUGCAGGCUGCACUGGACCCAAACCAACCCACUGUCUGGCCUGUAAAGACUUCCAGGAUGAAGGAACGUGUAAGGAUGCAUGUCCACGGCUGAUGCUAUACGACCCUAAUACCCACCAGAUCGCUCCAAACCCUAAUGGGAAAUAUAGCUUUGGGGCAACGUGUAUCAAGAAAUGCCCACACAACUAUGUCGUGACUGACCACGGGGCAUGUGUGAGGACAUGCAGUGCUGGCACCUUUGAGGUGGAUGAGGGCGGAGUUCGGAAAUGUAAGAAGUGUGAAGGCCUCUGUCCAAAAGUGUGCAAUGGUCUGGGAAUGGGACCUCUGACCCAUGUCCUGUCAAUCAAUGCCAGCAACAUCGACUCUUUUGAGAACUGCACAAAAAUCGACGGAGGUGUUGCAAUACUCAGCACGACUUUCGAAGGUGACCAACAUACUAAAACUCCACAAAUGGACCCUGCCAAGCUUUUCAUAUUCCAAACUGUUAAAGAAAUCACUGGCUAUUUGUUGAUUCAGUCGUGGCCAGAAAACAUGUCGUCCCUCAGCCCAUUUGAAAACCUGGAGGUCGUACGUGGACGAAUGAAAACACAUGGCACAUACAGCUUUGCUGUUACCAAAACCUCCAUCACACACCUGGGUCUGCAGUCUCUGCGGGAGAUCAGUGAUGGUGAAGUGGUCAUUUCAAAAAACGAGAACCUCUGCUACACCAGCUCUAACUGGAGCCGUCUCUUUAAAUCCACAACUCAGAAAGUUAGGGUGUCAUCAAAUGCUGAUGCUGCCUCUUGUGCAAAUCUAAACCGCACAUGUGAUAAGAUGUGCACAUCUGAAGGCUGCUGGGGUCCAGGUCCCACUAUGUGCUUUAACUGUAAACACUACAAUCGUAAAAAACGUUGUGUGAUCUCCUGCAACCUGCGUGCUAAUGAGCCGCGAGAAUAUGAGGUCAAUAAAACAUGCGUUGAGUGUGAUCCUGAGUGUCUGCUCAUGAAUGAGACGCUGACCUGCACCGGACCUGGACCUGACAGUUGUACAGCGUGUGCAAACUACAAAGACGGACCGCACUGCGUACCGCGCUGCCCGCAAGGCGUACCAGGAGAGAAAGACAUACUCAUUUGGAAAUAUGCUGACAAGAUGCAAGUGUGCCAGCCCUGUCAUGUGAACUGCACCCAAGGAUGUACUGGGCCUGAUCUGAAAGACUGCAAAGAUUUAAAAAGUUCGGGAUUGUCCAUGAUUGCCGCCGGUGUAGUUGGAGGUCUGCUGGCUUUUGUUAUCCUGGGUUUAGGAGUUGCUGUUGUUCUGCGCAGACGCCAUAUCAGGAGGAAGAGAACUUUACGCCGACUUUUGCAAGAAAGAGAGCUCGUGGAGCCUCUGACCCCCAGUGGAGAAGCUCCUAACCAGGCCUUGCUGCGCAUCCUCAAAGAGACUGAGUUUAAGAAGAUCAAAGUGCUUGGGUCCGGAGCCUUCGGGACUGUGUAUAAGGGCUUGUGGGUUCCAGAGGGAGAGAAUGUGAAGAUCCCUGUUGCCAUUAAGGUCUUGCGAGAGGCCACGUCUCCUAAAGCAAACAAAGAGAUCUUGGACGAAGCCUAUGUGAUGGCCAGCGUCGAGCAUCCUCACGUGUGUCGCCUGCUCGGCAUCUGUCUUACCUCCACAGUCCAGCUCAUCACCCAGCUGAUGCCGUUCGGCUGUUUGCUGGACUACGUCAGAGAAAACAAGGACAACAUCGGCUCGCAACACCUGCUCAACUGGUGUGUGCAGAUUGCUAAGGGAAUGAACUAUUUAGAAGAGCGCCAUCUUGUGCAUAGGGACCUGGCAGCCCGUAAUGUUCUGGUGAAGACCCCUCAACAUGUGAAGAUCACUGAUUUUGGCCUGGCCAAGCUGUUAAAUGCAGAUGAGAAGGAAUAUCAUGCAGAUGGUGGAAAGGUGCCAAUUAAAUGGAUGGCACUUGAAUCCAUUCUACACAGGACAUAUACCCACCAGAGUGACGUCUGGAGCUUUGGUGUGACAGUCUGGGAGCUGAUGACUUUUGGAACAAAGCCCUAUGAUGGCAUUCCUGCUAGUGAGAUUGCAGAAGUGCUGGAGAAAGGGGAGAGACUUCCACAGCCUCCAAUCUGCACCAUUGAUGUCUACAUGAUCAUGGUGAAAUGCUGGAUGAUCGAUGCAGAAAGCAGACCUCGCUUCAGGGAGCUCAUCGCAGAGUUCUCCAAAAUGGCACGUGACCCCUCUCGCUAUCUUGUCAUUCAGGGUGAUGAUAGGAUGCACUUACCCAGUCCCUCUGACACGAAGUUCUACCGCAGUCAAGUGAGCGGAGAUCUGGAUGAAGCUCUGGAUGUAGACAAGUACUUAAUGCCCAGUCACAGUUUCUUCAGCAGCCCGAGCACCUCUCGCACACAGCUCCUACAAUCCGUGAGUCUCAACAGCAGCAUUGGAAACUGUCAGAGCAGAAACGGGAAUGGCACUCCUGCAAGAGAGAACAGCCUGGUCCUGCGCUACAUCCCAGACCCAACAGAACAGUUUCUGGAGGAAGACUUUCAGCCUGCUCCAGAAUACAUGAAUCAAAAUGGCUCACUGAUGUCUAACAUGACCAACCCAAUAUACCAGCACCCAGGACCCCCUCGCACAUUUCCGCACCCUUCAUCACCGCUAGAUGAAACGGAGGAAGAAUAUCUCAACUGCUUCAAGAGCCCCGUUCCUGCUACCGCACCCGAGUAUCUUAACACCUCUCACACCCAGCUCCUCUCCUUCUUGAGCACACAUGGCUUCAACCCACAAAGCAGCAUGGACAACCCUGACUACCAGCAGGACUUCUGUCCUCUGGAACUUAAACCACACACCAACGGUCACCUGCCGGCAGCAGAAAACGCUGAAUACAUGGGGCUGGAAGUGCACUAGCACAUUAUGGAGAAGAGGGAGGGACUGUUAAAAUGAGCCACUUUAGAUAAAAGAUGGAAGGACAUCUAUUUAUAGCAGAAGCACAUGCAAUUAGACUGCUGAGCUGUUGAACUGUGGUUUGUCCACCAUCGGGGGACAGAACGAGCUUUGGAUUACCUUGGCUGUCUUUCAGAUACGCUUGAUUCUUUCUGAGCUAGACUUAGAUGCUAAUGUGGCCGCACUUGAACAAGUGUGGCCCAGGAUACGACAACAGGAUUGAAUCCCACGUUGAUGCCAGUAAAAAUCCUGACACUACAUACAAUGGAACAAGAAGCUUGCCGAGACCUCGGAUAGAUCAGAAGAUAACUGAUUUCAGUUGUCAUUAUCCUUUCUCUUUACGCAUACAAAAUAUACUUCAGUGUACUGAGCUCAAAUGUGUUUGUUAAAAAUACAUUGUUUUAAAGAUGCGUAAGCUGAACUCAGGGGCUUUAAAGCCUCUCUGCUGUGAAUAAAAAGAAAGAAAAUGAUGUUGUAAAAUAUAAAAGAUUUAACUUUCAUUUUUGCUGGAAAUGUUGGCUUUAUGGACAGGGUCAUUGUUAAUAUUCACAAAACUGGGACAAAAUUAUAAAUGUUUGCCCUACCACCCUGUGAACGGUUAGGGUCAGCCUUGUCUAAAAAGACCAACAUAUGAUUGGUACAUGUACAGAACUGUAAUAUAUGGUUGACAUUUACAUCUAACAGAUUAUUUUAUCCUCAUAAUAAAACAUCUACAUUGUCACUCAUA